AUCACACUAUAUAACCGAGUGAGCUAAUCCAAAACCAUAUAGAGAGGGAGUAGGGUUUUCUCUCUCAUCAAAUUUCUAGGGUUUCUUCCACACCUUCACAUACAAAAUGACUGACGACGGCGCUAGGAAAUCAGGAACCGUCAAGUGGUUCAACGACACCAAGGGUUUCGGCUUCAUCACGCCGGAGGACGGCAGCGAAGAUCUCUUCGUUCAUCAAUCGUCGAUCAGAACAGACGGUUUUCGCAGCCUCGGUGACGGUGAGUCCGUUGAGUACCUUGUUGAAGAAGGUUCAGACGGCCGGACCAAAGCUGCUGACGUCACCGGUCCGAAUGAAGGUCCGGUUCAGGGUAGCAGCCGUGGAGGCGGUGGCGGCGGUGGUGGCCGUGGAGGCGGUGGUGAUCGGUAUGGAGGUGGUGGUGGUUAUAAUGGCGGAAGCCGUGGAGGACGUGGCGGUGGGGAUCGUUAUGGCGGCGGAGGCGGCGGUUAUGGAGGAGGUGGCGGUGGUUACGGCGGCGGAGGCGGCGGUGGAGGUGGUGCGUGUUUUAAGUGUGGUGAGACUGGUCAUAUGGCUAGGGAGUGUUCUCAGGGCGGUGGAGGCGGUGGUGGUUACGGCGGAGGUGGUGGUGGUUACGGAGGUGGUGGUCGUGGUGGUAGUCGUGGCGGCGGCGGCGGUUGCUAUAACUGUGGUGAAGAAGGGCAUUUCUCUCGUGAAUGCCCUAAUGGCAGCAACCGUUGAUCUGGAGGAGGGUGAAGGGUAAAUAUGUCUUUCGACAUUUACUUACUAUCCUGUUUUUACUUUUUUUUUGUUGUUCUAUGUUGGGUGAUCUGAAUGCUUGUUAUGGUUUUGAGAUUGUUAGUUGGUUUGUGAUGGUUUAUGAUUGACAUUUGCUAGAUCUAGGGUUUGGAUUUGGAGUAUAUGUUCUAAAUUGCUAUCAGCAAUGGAAAAAAGUUUAGUUUUUGGAUUCUGUGUU